GUUUAGCACUCAGCUGCUACAUCCGGGCGCUCUGCUGCACGGUUUACAAGCCCUGCGAAGAUGGCGACUUCAGGGAGGAGUGCAUUAUUAUCCUCCACAUCAACUGGACCUAAAAGCACACUGGAUAACUCCAACCAAGAGGAAGACGACGGACAGGACUUAUGGUCCACCAUCCUGAGUGAAGUGUCAACCCAUUCAAGAUCUAAGCUACCGUCGGGGAGAAAUGUCCUGGUCAUGGGUGAGGUGGGUUCGGGGAAGACCGCCUUGGUUGCUAAGAUGCAGGGGGUUGAAGAAUUCAUGAAAGGGCGUGGCCUGGAAUACCUCUACUUCAGUGUCCAUGACGACGACAUUGAUGACCAAACCAGGUGUAAUGCCUGGGUGCUAGACGGCGACCUUUACCACAAAGGUCUGCAGGGAGUAGCUGUGCCAGUGGACUCGAUCGACAACACGGUGCUGCUGAUAACUGUUGACAUGUCACGGCCUUGGAACGCCCUGGACUCUCUCCAGAAGUGGGCCGCCGUUGCUAGGGAACACAUCGACAAACUCCGGGUCGCCCCGGAACUGCUGCGGGAGCUGGAGCAAAGACUUGUAAAACAGUUCCAGGAGUACACAGAGCCAGGCAGUGGGGACGAUGGCACCCCGCAGAGGAGGAGUGAAGACGAGGAGAGUGUGCUGCUGCCCUUAGGAGACAACACACUCACACACAACCUGGGAAUACCAGUGGUGGUGGUCUGCACCAAGUGUGAUGCCAUCAGCACAUUGGAGAAGGAGCACGACUACAGAGACGAACACCUGGACUUCAUCCAGUCACACAUCCGACAAUUCUGUCUGCAGUAUGGAGCGUCUCUGGUUUACACAUCAGUGAAGGAGAUGAAGAACCUGGACAUCGUGUACAAAUAUCUGGUCCACAGACUCUACGGCUUUCCCUUCCACUGCCCGGCACAAGUGGUGGAAAGAGAUGCAGUCUUCAUUCCCUCAGGCUGGGACAAUGAGAAGAAGAUUGCCAUACUUCAUGAGAACUUCCAGACAGUAAAAGCAGACAACAACUUUGAGGAAGUAAUAGUCAAACCGCCAGUCAGAAAGGUACAGAGUCCUCUGCAAUGGGAAUGCAUCAACCCUAAAUACCAGAUGAAGAAGAAGAACUACAGAAACUCUGGUGUUGUUAUUCUCAACCACUGUAAGAUCAUCAAAAUGUAUUCCUUCCUGGAGUACAUCAUGGGAGGCUGCCAAAUUCAGUUCACAGUGGCAAUAGACUUCACAGCAUCCAAUGGGGAUCCCAGAAACAGCUGCUCCCUCCACUACAUCCACCCCUACCAGCCCAACGAGUACCUCAAGGCGCUGGUGGCUGUCGGGGAGAUCUGCCAAGACUAUGACAGUGAUAAAAUGUUCCCUGCUUUUGGUUUUGGAGCACUGAUACCACCUGACUUCAAGGUUUCACACGAUUUCGCCGUGAACUUUGAUGAGGACAAUCCUGAAUGUGCUGGGAUCCAAGGUGUGGUUGAGGCAUAUCAGAAUUGCCUCCCUAAGAUCCAGCUCUACGGGCCCACCAACAUCGCCCCGAUCAUACAGAAAGUGGCCUCUUCUGCGUCCGUGGAGAUGCACACAAAAGAGGCCAUGGAAUACUUCAUCCUGCUGAUCCUGACAGACGGCGUGAUCACCGACAUGGCGGACACGCGAGAGGCCAUCGUGCACGCUUCCCACCUGCCCAUGUCAGUCAUCAUCGUCGGCGUGGGCAACGCUGACUUCACAGACAUGCAGAUAUUGGACGGGGACGAUGGGAUCCUGCGUUCACCAAAGGGCGAGCCGGUCCUCCGCGACAUUGUCCAGUUCGUCCCCUUCAAGGACUUCAAACAUGCCUCCCCAGCUGCACUGGCUAAGAGUGUUUUGGCAGAAGUCCCUAACCAGGUGGUGGAUUACUACAACGCUAAAGGCAUCACACCCAAGUGUAUGUCUGACUAUGAGUCCACAAGAACCUUCAGCCCCUGACAAUGGACUACAUGCAAACACACUCUCAAAUGCACAAACACAUAUGUCAUAUACAUAUACAUUUACGUACUGUAUAAUACAAAUGUACCCAUGUAAAAGCACAAGCACACAUACACACCAACAAAUAUGUACACAUAACCAUAUUACCUAAAUACAUUAGUCUAGCUCAGAGAAUUAGCUCGUUCUGGUGAAACAAUUUGAACCACUCCAUUGGUGACUAUUGCAUGUUUGGCCAUAAUGGCAUCACCUUGGAGAUUAUUAUUACCUAUUGUAUAUCUACAAGAUGUUUAUAGAAAUAAGAGCAGUCUUCUGAACCUGCAUGCAGAGUCAGACCAUAACCCACCCAAAGAAAUGACACUUCUACCUUAUUUAGAUAACUAGCAAGUACAUAACCCAAAAGAUGGGCAAAGCCAAAAUAUGUGACUGCAUAGCCCUAAAUGCUUGAAAUUAGCAAUGCAAAUGUUAUUUAUGGGAGUGGUAGAGUCCCUGUUAGUGUACCGCAUAAAUGCAUGAAUAAUUCAGUUCCUGCUAAUAUCCAAUCUCCAGUCCCACUUGCUAGUUAUGAAAUAAAGUAUCUAUGUCAUUUGUGUGACAUUCAGGGUUGUCUUGGGUGUUUUGGGUUCUUUUCUACAGAUUUGUUUGAGAUUUUGCUAAAUGGAAAUGAACAAAUGAAUAAUUGUAAUAAUUUCUUAAUAACCUUCUUACAUUGUAAAGAGCUUUGGGAAGAUAGCAAAGCGUGUGUGGUAGACUCUCAUCUGUGAGCUUUUCUGUAUUCUGCAUGUUGAUUAUAAUAAAGACAAGUUGGUUUCUCA